AUGACUUGUGUGGAAAUAUACUACGAACAGCCCGAGGACUCUCACUGGCUCGACGCCUUCUCCGGAGACAACGGAAGCAUCGACCCAAGCACACUUGAUAUCCAUCAAGUUCCAGUCCAUCGGGUAGUCAUCAACCAUCUUAGCACCCAUUACCCCCACCAAGCCUCUCGAUCCGAACACCAACGAUUGCCCCAAUUACCCCGACGAUCCUCUCUCAAUUUUGAAACGCUGAGUCCAAUAAAGCUGGAGCACGAACCUCCAGUCCCGAUACUCCGCAGCAAGUCAUCCAUUCGUCGGCUGUACAGUACAAUUCGCCGACACGCCCCAAGGCAGAGAUUCGCCGAGUUCCUCUACGAAGAAGGAGACUCAGGCUCACUGGCCACGACUGCGACUGACUCGGAGUACGAAAAUAGCUUUCUCCCAUUCUGUGGAGCCUUACCACGACCUUCCAGGGAAUCCUCUAUCCCCGCCGCCGCUUCCUCACUAUCGCCCUCUUCGUCUGCCAACCACGAGCCCGAGUGGUUGUUUCUUAUCGUUGCACAGCUUGUAUCAAGCAAGGCCCGCAAAGCUUUCCGGGCCUUGAAGAAGAGAUUUCGUCAGUAA